AUGACAGUGACAGCAAUGGCGUUCCCACUUUUCGGAUGGGAUAAUAAUAUACACAAUGGUUACCAAAGGGAGACUUUGUUGAGAUUUCUGAAAGCAAGGGAUGGGGAUGUCUCCAAUGCACAUAAGAUGCUCAUCGAUUGUUUAAACUGGAGAAUACAAAAUGAUAUUGAUGACAUAUUGGCAGUAAGUGUUUGGAUUUUUAUCUUUACCUUAGGAAUUAGGGAGUCCCAGCUUGUAGGCAUGUCUGGAUUCUCUAAAGAGGGUCUUCCUGUCAUUGCUGUUGGUGUCGGGCUCAGCACAUUUGACAAAGCAUCUAUUAACUACUAUGUACAAUCACACAUCCAAAUGAAUGAGUAUAGAGAUCGUGUAAUAUUACCUUCUGCAACAAAGAAGUAUGGGCGUUACAUUGGCACAUGCAUAAAAGUUCUGGACAUGACUGGUCUAAAGCUUUCUGCUUUGACUCAAAUCAAGUUAUUGUCUGCGAUAUCGACUAUUGAUGACCUGAACUAUCCCGAGAAAACGGAAACUUAUUACAUAGUCAACGCACCAUACAUAUUUUCCUCGUGUUGGAAGGUUGUUAGACCUCUUUUGCAAGAGAGAACAAGGAAAAAGAUUCAGGUUCUUUCUGGCUCUGGCAAAGAUGAACUGUUGAAGAUUAUGGAUUAUGAAUCUCUGCCACACUUUUGUAGAAGAGAAGGCUCGGGUUCAUCUCGACUCUAUAAAAAUGGAACUAUGGUUAAUGAUUGCUACUCACUCGACCAUGUUUUCCAUCAGCAGCUUUAUAGCUACAUUAAAUCGCAAGCCGAGUCGAAUAGUGGGCCCACCAAACACGGGUCGCUCCAUAUGGAUAUUCCAGAACCCGACCCAGAGGACGUGAAAAUCGCUCAAUCUAUAGAAUCCGAGAUCCAUAGACUUGAGAACAAAAACGGGCUCAUCCACUCGUUGCAUGAGCUCAGGAUAAGUGGGGAUUGA